AUGACGCACUUGAAGACACUCCCCACCGGAGAGGUGGCGCAUGCUCGCUUGGGUGUCAGCGUGGGAGAGCCUCCGUCGACGCCUCCCAUCGCGUACGUGCCACUCACUGCUGUCGAUGUCCGGGACCUGGUGGCCGGUCGUUCGGGCGCUGGGCUGAUCCGGGACAUCGAGGGUAUCGCUCACUUGGUCGUACGGGUGCCAGGGUUCACGGCACAUGAACUCCAGACGCUAGCGGAGCUGCUUCCUGCUGGCGACGAGACAGCCGGCAACAUCCUGGUACCCAGCAGGUUGAUCGAGGCCUCUGACACCAUGGCUCCUGGUUCCCGAGGGCGAGCGGCUGAGAUCCAAGCCGGACCGCUCAUCGACUUGUUCGGCCCUGAUCACUUCGGCUUCAGAGUGCUUAACACUCUUCGGUCCCUACAAUUCGCGCUGCGUCGAGUCGAAGAGCUGACAGAAGUUUGCCGUCAUCAAGACGCCGACGUCUCGGAAGAUUGCUUGACUUGCCGGAACCUGAAUCUGGCACUACGUCGUUCCCAGGAAAACCGGCGGAAGGAGGGCGCUGAGUGGCGUACGAGAGUCGCCGAACUCAGGGGCGAUCUGCGAGGCGAAUAUAACGCACUCGUCGAAAGAACCAGACUCAUGUUGCAAGCUGAACAUGACGAUCUGCGGCGAGCCCAGGAGCAGUUGGUCUUGGCUGAGGUGGACAGAUCCAAAGCGCGUCGAGAUCUGGCCGUCCUUGCCGCUGAGCAGGGGCAACUCGAGCAGGACAUCGCGCGGCUCCGACGCGAGAACACUCGACUCGAAGCAGAGAACCGCGAGUUCCGGGGCCGACGCACCUUGUUGGACGCGAUGUCAUUCAUGCACUACCUCCGGGGUCAAGGACCCUGGGGAUUAGUCGGUGACUGGGAAGCUUUUCGCGAUGUCGUCGGGGCCUUUGAGCGAGGGCAGCCGGUGCCGUGCCAGCUCUUCGUGUCGGCUACUCGACUGGAUGGUGGCGGUUCAGGGGCGCCGUUCCCGGAGCCCUCGACUCCCUCGACUCCUUCAGUUCUUGAUCGUGGUCUCGCGCAGGACCGGCCCGCACCUGGUGACGAACUGCCACGUCCAGCCCUGGGCCGCUUGCCUCGGGACCAAGGACCAUCCAGGGACGACGUUACUGAGGAUCGACAGGGCCGUGACGUGCCCGGGAUUCUGGUCUCCAUCCGGGGUUCUGGGGCCGAUGGGUCCAGCGCCUCUGGGGCACGGGAUCAUUCGGCUGCCUCUUCCUCGGCUACCACGGCACUGGUACCAGGGCCUCAAAGCCGUCGUCAGUCGCGAGGUUCGGUCGGGAGUCACGGGGGGGCAUUUCGUCGAGGUAUUGCUAUGAAGUCCGGGAGCGUAGACAGCACGGUACGUCUUCUGCCCCAACGUGCCGGGAUCUCGGGAGCCGCUUCCAGGGACAUAGAGGUUGUUGAGAUCGCUGAUGACUCGGACUUGGACACCGACGUGGGUCUCGACUCCUCGGGGACCCGGAUGUCGAGCGAUGGGUCUCGCCAGGUCAGACCAGUUGGGUACGCCCCUGAAACCAAUCGACGAAGUGCUCGUUACCGCGCCAUCGACUCGGAUGCCGACCCUCCUCGACCUGUCUCCGAAAUCCAGUGCCUGCUCCCUUCCGGGUGUGCCCUCGAAGAUGUUCGUCUCGAUCUGCUGGAGUUCAUGCGCAUGGUCCCUGAGCGGAGGGACCUCCAACAGUCCCAGAACAUCGUUCGGGGAGUCGAGCGCCCCCGUUUGGACGCUGGAGCCCCACCAUGUCGUCUUUCAUCAGUGACUGAGGCGUCCGACUCUGAAUUGGAAGGCGUCGGCGAGUCCAAGCGCUCCGUGGGUAUCGCCGGCCAGGGGCGACUCGCAUCGACCUCCCAACGAGACGGGGACAUGACGGGUCCACCACACGUCGUCCAGGAUCCCGAGGCCGAGCAGUCGACGCAGCACCUCGAUCAGUACGUUUUCCCGGAGCAUCAACAGGCUCUAGGCUCCCGUGAUGUCGAACUGCCGGAACCAGGAGCACCGUCUUGGAUCGUGUAUGGCGUGCACGUGACGCGGACGAAAGUUCGCCACGGCGGGCUACAGUCGCUGGGGUUCCCGGAUUACCAGUGCCUCCGAGGAAGCCUUCACCUAGUCCAGAAGCGACUUCUCACCGGUGACUACAUCGGCCUAUUGACAGUGACGAGCAUGCAGCCCUUGCUGCCUUGUGACAUCAUGUUCCAGCGUCGAAUCACAGUCUUCUGGUUCUUCAAGCAGUAUUCGGCGAUGAGCCCGGGACUUCGAAGCCUUGUCAUUGAGUACGUCGCACAGCGUCGAGCGUUCUGGGAGCGGACGCACUGGGUGGAGAUCGAUCGCAGCGAUCCUACCGUGUCGCAGUUGUACGCGGAUCCCCGUCGCCGACAACGUGCGUGGGACGGGGCCUGGAAGGCCCUUCGUGCGCAAAUGGAGAAACUCCCCGAGUCCGCUGACUGCCCGCUCGCGGAACAGCUCGAGCUCCUGGAUUCGCGUGAGCCGGCUCGCGCCUACUGGUCCGUCCCUGAUUCAAGCGCCCGGAUUGCGGAGAGUGUUGACGCAGAGGUGUGGAGUGCCAGGGUUGAUAACGCUGACGACCGUGCGUCUCGCGUGAUACCGGUGCCUCCUGCCAUGCCUCCUGUCCCGUGA